AUGAGCACGCAGACGCUGGCUUUCCACCAUGCUUCAAAGCCCAUCUCCGUCAACGAGUUCCGCGAUGCCGUGCUGGCAACAUGCCGGCCGCGGUUCCCUAUGGCUUAUUACGCCCGGCCGCAGCGUAUAGGCAACGGAGGUGUAGACUCAAUGGCAAUGGCAUAUCUCUUCUCUGCCCUCCUCAAAGUAUACAGGGGCAUCAAGAUAGCUGACAACCCCACCGAGAGUGCCUUUGGGAUUGUUGUCGACCAUAAGCUGCGGGAGGAGAGCUCCCAAGAAGCUUCCCGCGUUACCCAGGAGCUGAAGCAGCUUGGCCUCAAGGCUGUCAUCAAGACCCUGAAUUGGAGGGAGCAUAGGUGGCACGGUAUUGAACCGACCAUGUUGCCUAAUGUCGAGAGUCUUGCACGUACAAUGCGGUAUCAAGCUCUGGGGUCUACCUGUAGAUAUCUCCAGGCCCCUAGCCUCUUUUUCGCGCACCAUCAGGACGAUCAGUAUGAAACCGUAUUGAUGCGACUGCUUGCCGGCCAUGGAUACAGAGGCCUCCAGGGCAUUCGAAAAGCCAAUGCAAUUCCAGAGUGUUACGAGUUGCAUAGCGUCUACAAGAGCGGUCUCCUCGAUGACCAGAUGCAAAAGCACCCCUUCCUAAGCUUCAAACCACCGGCACGUGCCAUGAAGCGGCUGCGAUUCUCUCUAAAGGACGACAAAGAAGCAGAGCCCUGGGAUCAAAUCAAGUCAUACCUCAGUUUCGAUGAGAAUGCCAGGCCCUUUCCUUGGCAUCUGUCCCGAGAUUUUGACCCUAGCGUGCCGUAUCUGACCCCUCUGCAGAGCGAGGAUGGUGGUGUCAUGAUCUACCGGCCACUCCUGGAGUUUGAUAAGAAUAGGCUCAUUGCGACCUGUGAGGCCAAUGGCGUCCAGUGGUUUGAGGAUCACACCAAUACGGAUCCAACACUCACAACCCGCAAUGCCAUUCGGCAACUCACGCAAACCCACACGUUGCCCAAGGCUCUACAGAAACCAUCUAUCCUGGCACUGGCCAACCGAUCGAGACGGAGGGCUCAGCUGGAAGAGGCUGAAGCUCAUAGACUGCUGGUUCGCGAAAAUGUCAUCAGGGAUUUUGACCCAAAUGCGGGCACUUUACUCGUUGAUGUAUCCACACUUUGGAGCGAAAAGCCACCUCAGAUGAGGCGUCCGUUCGCUCAGGCCAGAGAAGAGGCACGCAAACGCUCCCGUCGGCUGAUGGCUACCAUAGCAGUUCGCAAACUCAUUGCCUUUGUAACCCCGGAGCUCCAUCUGCCGCCUCUUACUAAUCUGGAUAAUGCCGUAGACCGACUCUUCCCAGAUUUGUCUGGAACAUCCAACACCGAGCCGACAGCACCGCCAAAGGCUUUUUCAAUCGCAGGUGUACUCUUUGAACCCGUACCCAAGAUGAAUUCAGCAUCAUGGCUCUUGUCGAGAGCCCCGUAUCCCUCGAGGCAACCAUUGCCUGAGCGGAAACUCCCCGGUUAUCUAAACUAUAAAGCAGGCGUCUUCAAAUUAGAGGCUGCUGGCGAGCAUCCAAGCCGACAUCGUCAUUGGCGCGGGUGGAAGACUGCCAAGCUAUGGGAUGGGCGCUUCUGGAUACGCGUGAGUGCCUGUGUCGCGGCAAAGUUCCAUGUGCUUCCCUUUCUACCCUCUUACGCAAAGCCAUUUCGCAUGGCCCUGCCUCCGAGAGAGCGCGCAAGCUUGGAAAAGGUUCUCAAACACUAUGCUCCAGGAAAAGUGCGAUAUUCACUACCCGCCCUUUACAGUGUUGAAGAGUCUGGCCAAGAGGAGGGCUCGGAGCCAAUUCUGACAUUGCUGGCACUGCCGACUUUGGGGAUUCACGUCCCCGGCCUUGAGAGAUGGGUGAAAUAUGAGGCAAGGUAUAAGAAUAUAGACACUUGCAGCGCGGCCAUUGCCUUUUAA